AUGGAGGGUUACAGUCCUGAAUCUGUUUCGGCUUCAGCCACUCGAAUUUUCGAUAGUCCUUUUUAUUUCUCAUCAAAGGAAGGACAUCUUCUUCUGAAAACCAUAGCUAUUCUUAGUAUGAUAUUGGGGAAUCUCAUUGCUAUUACUCAAACAAGUGAAGCGUAUGCUUGCAUAUCCAUCCAUAGGCCAAAUUGGGAACUUUUGCUUGCAUUGUAUCAUUUGGUCUACGUAUCAGAACUGAUAACAUUCGAGAUUAUGCAGGAUUAUACACGAAAGAUCACUUUUGGUCCUCUUUUUAGCCCCAUGUCUCUUAUCCCCAGGAGGUUUCUUUGUAUGUGUUGUCCGGGAAGAGGAGGACUCAAUGAUUAUUCGUUCGCCAGAACCAUAAGUUUAAAUUUUGGUGGAUCGAGAUCCCGUGAAAUUCGUUCGCCAAAACCAGAAGUUCAAAUUUUGGUGGAUCGAGAUCCCGUAAAAACUUCUUUCGAGGAAUGGCCCAGAUCAGGUCAUUUUUCAAGAACAAUAGCUAAAGGCCAUGAUACUAUCACUUGGAUCUGGAACCUACAUGCCGAUGCUCACGAUUUCAAUAGCCAUACCAGUGAUUUGGAGGAGAUCUCCCGAAAAGUAUUUAGUGCCCAUUUCGGUCAACUCUCUAUCAUGUUUCUUUGGAUGAGUGCCAUGUAUUUCCAUGGUGCCCGCUUUUCAAAUUAUGAAGCAUGGCUAAGCGAUCCUACUCAUAUUAGACCCAUCGCUCAAGUGGUUUGUCCAAUCGUGGGCCAAGAAAUACUGAAUGAUGAUGUGGGUGGUGGUUUCCGAGGAAUACAAAUAACCUCUGGAUUUUUUCAGAUUUGGAGAGCGUCUGGAAUAACUAGUGAAUUGCAACUCUAUUGUACUGCAAUUGGUGCAUUAAAAUUUGCGGCGUUAAUGCUUUCUGUUGGUUGGUUCUAUAUGAGUUUGAAGAUGCACAUCCGUUUUAUUCUCUUUUUAUCAUGGAAAGGUCUGUUUGUAGUCAGCAUUAGCAUGUUUAAAGAGAAAAAACAAAGAGAAACGACGUAA